AUGCGGAACGUUCAAACGACAACAAUGCUCGUCGUUUAUGGCAGUUUGAGUUACGCGCUUAUAGCAUUACAAAAUUUAUUUAAAGACUCGAUUCGAAAAAGACGCUUGUAUGACAAGAUGCUGCGAGCGCUUGAGAUGAACAUCGUUUACUUUCUUUACUACAAACUGAUAUGCAAUAUGUCGAGACUGAUUGAGGAGUGUCAGCGCAACGCCGCCAAGAGGACGGAACAACGCGCGUUGCGCAAUCCCGCAUUCCGAAGACGACUAAAGGUGAUUAAGUGCAUCGACUUGCUCGAAUUUUAUCUAGGAGAGGAGGAAACGGGAGAAAUAAUGCGGAAAUUCAAACAAUGCAUCCUUGCCAAGCGAAUAAACCUCAAAUCCAAAUUACUGUGGAACAUGAUACACAGACUCAGAAGGUUGCCAAAAACCAAUCGACAAGUGGAAGCAGCACUGUUAGACGCGUUCUGGCACAUACGCACACCCGCGGAAGCGAGAACAAUAUUAAGCGAAGUACCUUACUUCGUUGAUUUUAAACGUAACGUAAUUGACGAAAUGGACUAAAACGAAAUUCGACGAGGGGCGUGUCGAAAUCGAGAUUGUCGCUAUUUAUUGCAAAUUCGCACGCACCUCAACGGAAGACACAGACGUCACCAGUAUAACACGUCGUCGAAGUGACGAAGAAACAGCUUUGUUUAUGUUUUUACACAAAUUGUACAUGUAUGAGAAAUUUAUACGCAGUGUGUUGCGGGACAGAUGACACAAUCGGGAAAGAGCGUGAUUCUUCGCGCGAGAUUUUCAAUUGUUGAGAAAAUUGACCUUAAAUAUUGUAAACUCCGUAUUCACUUUGUUUGCAUUAAUUUGCCUCAAUUGCUCACAAUAACCUCUUAUCGUACAGUAUCACGUGUUUUUGCACAAAAUAUUAACAAAUUAAUUAAAAAAAAAAGGCAAAAUACUCCAUUUAACAAAGCUUUUAAAUCUUCGUACGUUCGUUUUACUAAUAAUUUUGACUCGCUUUGUGAAAUGGAGAGAAGAUCAA